UCAUCCAACAAAAAAUAAACCAGAUAAACCUUGUUCAUCAGCAUCACCAAAACAAUGCUUGGGAACAAUAAUAGUAAUAGGAGUGUGAUCAGACUCAAACCUGGCAACCCUCCAUUGGAAGUGAGCAACACCAUGCAAAAAGCCAGAGAUAGCAAAACUGGCGUGUUCUCCACGGAAAGGUGCACCACGUACACCCUCGGCAAGCGACACCUUUCUUGUAUCAUAUCGGAGAUGGGGUGUACCGGCCAGGUGAACGUGGUGCAGAUCAAUCUCAUCGAGGAAAACGGUAAGGGAGCUUCUGCCAACUUGAGCAUGCGUAUCAUAAGGGACGACCGGUACGGUGUCUUAUGCAACACAAACACAAAGCUUUCGGGUUCCUACGAUUCCUUUAAGGAGAGUUAUUGUGUGCCGCCGCUGUCGGACGCCGAGCUCUUGUGCUAUGUUUGUCGUGACACCGGCUCCGGCAGCUGUUUCUCCAUGACAAGAAAGAAGGUGAAUGCCGAGUUUGUGGAAAUGGUGAAGGUUAAGCAUGCUUUUGUGGUUGAUGAUGAGUUGACUUUCAAUGUGAGAAUGAAGAUAACCAACAACAAGAGGAUUGGACUGUGUGUUGAAGUUGAAGGACCUGUGAAGCUAACUUUGGAUUAUACUAAGAGAAUUGUUUCUAAGAUUAGAGGGAAGAUGGAUACCCAAAUGGAGGCUUGUGCUCUCUUUCUUUUCAAGAAUGGUAUGCAUCAAAUUCAGGCUAAUCAUGCUGGCCAGGAUUACGACAUAGAUGAUGUUUUCUUGUGACAACUCAAAACCAUGCUUGCUUUUUUGUUAUUAGGUUGCAACUUAAUAAUUAAGUAUUUAAGUCCAAUAAAAUGAGUUUGAUAUGCAUAAAGUGUGAGUCUCAUUUCAUAUAUGUGAAUCUCAUAUCUUAUUUAGUAUUGAAAAUGUAUAGAUUAAAAUCCUUUUAGAGAAGGAUAUUAAUAUAUAUGUAACGAGCAUAAAUG